AUGCCUUCUCAAGACAUUCGCGUUGUUGUCGCUAUAGAUUUCGGUACAACAUACUCGGGUUUCGCAUAUGCGCAUGUAGUAAAACCUGAAACUAUAAUAAACGAUGUCUGGCCAAGACAUAUAGGACAAAUAAAAACGAAUACAGUACUACAAUAUGAUGAUAAAUUUCAAAACGUUGAAUCUUGGGGAUUCGCAGCAUUAGCCAAAAAACCAAAACGAAAGGAAAAAAAUUCAUCUACUAAACCUGUUGAAUUAUUUAAAUUACAUUUGGGUGAUAUGCCGCAAUCAGAGAAACCUUAUCUUCCGCCUAAUUUAGAUUAUUUGAAAGCUAUCACUGAUUUCUUUGAGGCAAUGGAAACUGUGACAACUCGAUGGCCCGGCUUGGAUUUUAUGACUCAAGUGCUAUUUGUUCUUUCUGUCCCCGCGGAAUUUUCUGAAGAAUCCAAGAGAAUAAUGAGAAAUUGUGUCUACAAUGCCAAUUUAAUAAGUAGAAGAUAUUCUUCUAGAUUACAAUUUACCACUGAACCUGAGGCUGCUGCCUUAUAUUGUAUGGAAGUCAUUUCAGAAAAUUUUGAUGAAUUUAUUGAAAAAACUUUCUUGAUUGUUGAUUGUGGUGGCGGAACCGUUGAUCUGACAACUCGUAAACUAUUAAGUAAAUCUGAAUUAGGAGAAGUUACGGUAAGAUCGGGAGAUUUUUGUGGAGGAAAUUAUGUGGACCAAGAAUUUAUAAAUUUUCUUAAAACCAAAGUUGGAACUUCCGCAAUUGAUCUCUUAAAAGAAAAUCUUUAUGGACAAUAUCAAUAUUUGGUGCAUGAAUUUUGUAAAAAUGUGAAAUUUCCUUUUACUGGAAAUAUAGAAGAAUUUGAAACUUAUGAAUUGGAUAUAGAGCAAAUAUGUCCAGCAAUGAUACAAUACAUUACUGGACCAGAAAGGGAUACCAUGAAGGAUAUGGAAUGGAUUAUUGAAAUUGAUUUUGAAGAUGUUAAAAAUAUGUUUGAUAAAGUUAUUGCUAGAAUUAUUGGAUUAAUACGUGGACAACUUUAUGGUGAUAAAUCAUGUUCAACAAUCUUUUUGGUUGGAGGGUUUAGUGAAUCAAAAUAUCUACAAAGAAGGAUCAAACAAGAAUUUCAAGGGGUUAAACAUAUUUCGGUACCUCGUCAACCGAUUGCAGCUGUUAUGCGUGGAGCAGUUAAAUAUGGGAUUAACAGAGGACACAUUAAAAAUAGAGUUUUGAAAUACAAUUAUGGAAUGAAUGGUCUUAGAACAUGUGAAGCUAGAGAUCCAGCAAAUAAAAUGAGAUUAAGCGGGCUUGUUUUAUAUUUUAAAAUAUUAGCAAAAAAGGGAACGGUUAUGGGACUCAAUGAAACAUUUUCUGAAUCAUGCAUGCCAGAGAACAGUGAUCAAGCAACAAUGCGUUUCCAAAUAUUAAUUUCCAAAGAUGAUGAUGUAAAAUAUUGUGAAGAAGAAAGUGUGAAGAAAUUAGGUGAGUUUGUUGUUGAAUUACCUAAUACCCACCUUGAAAAACCUAAGCAAGUUGAUUUUGAACUAUGCUUUGCCGAAAUGGAAAUCAAAGCAUAUGCGAGGAAUAAAUACAAUAACACGGAAUAUAAUAUUACUUGCGAUUUGGAAUUUUAG